AUACAGGACCCAGCCAUCAGCGGGAUUGGGAGGUAACGAUUGCGGUCAGUUAUUUACUCAAAACCCCGGUAAUCGUUCCGCGCACAGGUAUCAAGUAUUUCCAUUGCAAUUUGAGAAAUGUGUUUAAUUACCAGAUAAGGAGAAUCAACAGGUGCAAUGCAAUGACAGAAAGAAUUUACUGUGCUGUCGGACGCGAUGCUUUUGCUUAAAUAAACAUCUCAAGCUAUUUAAACAGCUCUAAAAACAUGGAAAUACAGUCUGUGUCAUACGAUUAUAUAUCCUGAAUUGAAUCUAGUUCUUUCCACGUUAUGGCUUGUGCUUUAACCACAGGUUUCUUUGCAAAACUGAUCUGUGAAUACUUUCAAGAAAAAUAUGUUUUCGGAAAGCUUUGAACAUAAAUUGUUGUUAUGGUGCCAAUAACAUUGUUGCAAGUGUUACUGCACUUGACUUUUGUGCUGAUGAGAGGUGUAGCAGCAUCAUUUAAUUUGUACAUACGACCACCUGAAGUCAAAAGAUUAUUGGGUCUAAAUGCGGAGCUACGCUACGUCAACAACGGUACUGUGAACGACUACGCGCUGGGCUUCGUUGUCAUGGUGCCCGACCACAUUUCUGAGCUUCAUUUCACAUGGCAAAGCUUGAGGCCCAACCCGAUUCCAUAUUCCAUCAGCUUUAGUGUUAGUGAUCCAGAUGCUCUUAGUGCACCUCAACUUAACAUUUCUAGAACAGGAAGCAUUCCAACCAAAGAAGAAGUUUUUCGGCUGGUGUUACAAUGUACUGGUCGUGUAAAUGCCGAAGUCGACGUUUUCAUGAACAUCAAUAUAACAAUGGUUCCGCCUUCCAACAUCACUCAUCUGGUACUGAAGAGGAAGAAAAUAUGUCUCAAAGAUGACGGAAGCAACGGCACGUUAAUGAUUGCAGAUGCCAUGGUGGCUACUGGCAGUUCGCUGUACAUAGGCGUGGGAUGUGCUUGUGCUGUGGUCGUCCUCAUCACCAUCGGAGCCGUUACCAUGUACCUCAGAACGAUGAAAGCCAGGAGGACGGAUGUUAUCCAUUAUGGCGGCAGUUCCCCAGCUCUUUCAACCACAACUCAGGGGCACACGUUUCUACGACCCGACACGCCGAACCAUGCCAGCAGCGCAGGCAGUUAUUCCAGCUUUAAACGUUUGACACCGAUUACAACGACAACUACUUCGGUGCAAGUGAACGAGACAAAAAGAAUGGAUAUUGCAGAACAGAUUUCUGAGAUACGCAUAGAUCGGCACAAAAUUUUGAUGCAAGAAAAACUUCAAGAAGGCACAUUCGGUCAAAUUUAUCACGCGAUCGUAACGGAUGAUAACAUCAUUGCAAUGUAUGGCCUCCACACCACAGUUAAAACAGUCAAAGACCAGGCAUCGCCGAUUCAAGUGUCCCUCCUGACUGCAGAAGGAAUGAUGAUGCUGGGGAUGAACCACAAGUGCAUCCUUCCCCUGGUCGGCCUCUGCACGGAUGACCCCCACCACCCCAUGUUGAUUUAUCCUUACAUGAACCAGGGGAAUCUCAAGAAGUUCCUUCACAGAUGCAUGCUUGCUGCUGAGGGACAUUGCCGAGCUUUAACUACACAAAACAGAGUUGGAAUGGCUUUGCAGAUUAUUCAAGCAGUUGCGUAUCUGCAUAAAAGAAAAAUCAUUCAUCGUGAUAUAGCGACAAGAAACUGUGUAGUUGAUGAUGCACUGCAAGUGAAGCUGACAGAUAAUGCCCUGGCUAGAGACUUAUUUCCCACAGAUUAUCAUUGCCUAGGUGACAACGAGAAUAGACCCAUCAAAUGGCUGGCCAUUGAGAGUCUGCUCAAAAAGGAAUUUUCCUGGGCAAGUGAUGUGUGGGCAUUUGGUGUCACAAUGUGGGAAUUGAUGACACUUGGCCAACAGCCCUACAUUGAAAUCGACCCAUUUGAAAUGCAUUUAUAUUUGAGAGAUGGAUACAGGCUAAAUCCUCCAACCAACUGUCCCGAAGAACUAUAUACUGUGAUGGCAUUUUGCUGGGAAGCAGUGCCCGAUGAUAGACCUUCUGUGACUCAUCUAAUGGGCUGUCUGCAAGAUUUUUACACUGCAUUAGGACGUUUCAUCUAAACGCCAUUGCAGUUACUUGAAACAUGCCUACACUGCCACAUUACAUUUUUCAUGACAGGCCUGAGCAAGUUCUUAAAAAUUAAUAUGAUUAUCACCUUUUUAUGUAAACAUCACUUGCUCUAUGCUGUGACUGAAGAUUAUAUGCUAAGGAGAAGAGAAACUUCGUUUUUACACACUAUAGAAUUUCAAAAUUUCUACUUGCAGUAUUGCUACUUUAUGAUCAAGUUGUUCUACUGCUAAAAAAAAAAUAUUUGUUUUUCUCGUUACAUACACAUUUCUCAUCAGUGGAAUUUGCUCAAGUCUGUUCACUUGCCUUGUGGCUAUGGCUUUAAAAGGUGCAUGCUACAUUUCAUCAUCUAGUCUAUUUGUUUGUAUGUGUUUACAUUAUAUAAUACUUGUACAGUAAUUUAAUAGCCAAUAUUGUUCGCAUGCAAAAGAUAUGUGUUUCAAACAGAGAAAAGGGAUUGCUGUAAUGCCAGAAAGUAACGAAUGAAAUACAUUAGAAAGUACUGGAUUAAAUAAAUUUUAAUAUAAAAAAAAUUUCAAUACAUUUCAAAAUUUGAGGAACAAACUCCAUCAAUGGCUACUUGGAACCAACAUAUUUGAACAAUUCUUCUAUACAAAAUAAAUUUGUAAAACAGUUAAAUAACCAAAUGCAAAUAUAUUUUGUAUAUUUCAGAAUAAAACCUCUAAAUCAAGGUGGAAUGUAAAUAUGUUCAAAAAUAAUUACAAAAAUACUUACAUUGCAUGAUGCCAUUACUUAAAAAAAAUGACGAGGCAUCUAACUAAAUUUUCUACAUAUCUUAAGACUAAAAAAAUAUAUGAAUCAAAAUGUUAUUUUUUAAAAGAGAGACGCUUGAAAAAUAAAUUUGAGCAUAGGAAGUGUAGCCAAAAUUAGGUAUAGCAUAUGUUAUGACUAAAAUUAGGACAUUUAAAAAAUAUUGUUGGUAAAUUGCAAACAGUAAUAAAAAUAUUAUGAAAAGUACUUUAGUACAACAAUACUAUCAUACUUUUAAUGGAUAGUUAACUAUAUUUAUAGAAUGUAAACGAAUUUAAUUAAUAUUAGAACAAAAAUCUAGGAUUGUAAAUUUUACUCAAAUUAAAAAAUGAGAAUAGAUCAGAAAUAUAUUUUAAAAACUGUUGUCUAAAGCGGUUUCAUUUUUUAAAAGUUAUAAAGGGGAAUUCCGUAAGUAAAUACAUUAAUAAAGGAGACAAAAACUAAAUCUUAAUUUAAAAAGUAAAAGACAUCGUAAGUUACAUUAAUUUUGUAAUAGGAGAAAGCAUAAGUUGAACAUUGGCAGAACUGUGAUAAAUCUCACUUACACUGCAUUCAAACUGGAGAAUAGUUGGCCUUGUAAUACAUACGUACUUUUGCCUCUCCAAAACAUGGAUGCUCAGUUCUAGAAGCCAAGGCUAGCAUUGUCUACUUAUAUAUUGUACAUAAUAUGUGAAAUAAUUAUAAGAUAUUUAUGUAUAUUUAUUAAAAACAUUGCUUUUGUUUGAAAUGUUGGUAUAAAAUACUUGUUGACCAAGUUUAUUGUAUUUUAAUAAAAGCUUGAUAAAAACUUAA